UUUGUCUAUUCUAGUAGAUAGUUUACACUAGGUUACAUUACUGUAGUAGACCAUUAACCAGUGAUGUUUGGUUAAAUAUCACAGAUUUUUUCAUUCUUGUAUUUACAGUAAAUGUAUUAUGCUUCUAUAGUAUAUAAAAACGAAUACAAUGUUGUGCAUACUUAAAAAUGUGAAGUAUGAUCUGAGAAAUUCAGAAAAUGUACUUUCAGAUUUUAAAUUAAAUAUAAUUAGUUUUUGAAGCCAAGUAUAUUUAAGUAUUUCUUUCUUAGGAAUAUGGGAUACAUUAUACACUCAAACCACACUUAAAAUGUCUAUUGCAUUAGUUAACAAGAAUUCUACCAAAUGGCAUUUCUGGGAAAGACAGCAUAAUAGACCUUAGGAAAACAUUUAACAAAAUGUUUCUAAUUCUAAAAAAUAAAAUAUACUGUUUAGAAAAAUUACAUUUGAGUUAAAUCAACAAAAAUCACUUAAUAAAGCCCUAGCCAAUUUACAUGACCCUGUAACAAUGCAUUUGUUAACAUUAAUAAAUGCUUUAGCUUACAUGAACUAACAAUGAGCAAUGUAGUUCUUCAGCAUUUAUUAAUAUUAGGUAAUAUUUAGUUAAUGCCAACACAUUAGUUCAUGUUUGCUAAUGCAUUAACUAUUGUAACUGUAUGACCAUAAUUUGAUUUUUCGAUUUAUUAAACUAUUAUUACACUUACACAUUUUAAAUCGGACUCAAAUGUCAACUGUAGCUGCAGUGUUUGCACAAACUGAGUUUACUUCACUUUGGCCACUCAGCCGGACAUUCCCCACACCAAACCGUCCCGGAUAUAUUUAUAGACCGCAGACAGUUUGGGAAAGAAGGGGGGUGUCUGACACAUCUGCUGAAUAUCUGCUAGACUGUGGGGUCAGCCCAAGGUUAAAGCCUCUUCAAUGCCUGCCUUGAUUGCUCGUGGCUGGCACUAAUGAGUGUGUGUGUGCGUGCGUGUGUGUAAUUCUAACCGCGCGCGCACACGCGCAGUCUCUCUCUCUCCCUCUCUCUCUCUCACGCGCACACACCACUGCCAUUGUCAGCGCCAGUCUCCCCUCCCACAGCUCCUGAGUCCUGUCUGUCUGUCUGGAUCUGCUCCCCUCUCGGAGGAGGAGGAGGAGGCAGGCGCGGGAGGAGGUGGGGUGUGAGCCUGAGACCGUCACAGUCACAGAAAGCCAUUCUUCUGAAUGAAAGCGACUGGAAAACACCGUCAAGAUGCCGGGAACGUAUUUACCGUAGUCCAACAGCGCUAAACGUGUCGGAAAACCGAGGGGCUAUGGCAUGAAACGCGAGCGAACCGAGAGGCCGACACUGUCAGCGGGCCGCUGCUGUGAAAGUGUCCGUCAGUUCGCGUGAGGGCCGCAGCCGGCGGCGGCUCUCUUGCCCCCCGUCCCGUCACUUUCCCGAGCCUCCAUGCGAAACAUCACGGCACCGGACAGCAGCUCCAGCAACAACAACGCCAACUCCAAUGACACAUGCUCCUGCAACUGCACCCUAUCCCAGCCACAGGGAAUGGAUAUAUCUGAACUGGAGUUUGUUCAGAUAAUAAUCAUAAUUGUGGUGAUGACUGUAAUGGUAGUUGUGAUCAUCUGUUUGCUAAACCACUAUCGUCUGUCGGCCUGGGCCUUCCUCACACGCCACAGCCAGGCACGUCGCAGAGAAGAGGGCAUGCAACCGGAUGGCUGUGCAUGGCCAACAGAUAGUUUGGUGACGCAACAAGGAGCCACUGAGGCGAUGUAUGGGCCACGAGGCGGAGAGCGCUUCAACGCACCGUCAUUUAUGCAAAGGGACCGAUUCAGCCGCUUCCAGCCCACCUACCCGUACCUGCAGCAGGACAUCCACUUGCCACCCACCAUCUGUCUAUCAGAUGGAGAGGAGCUGCCGCCCUACAAGGGCCCCUGUACCCUGCAGCUCAGAGACCCCGAGCAACAGCUCGAGCUUAGCCGCGCGUCCGUGCGCGCACCCCCCAACCGGACCAUUUUCGACAGCGACCUGAUAGACGUUUACGUGCACGGAGGCGGGCCACGGCCCCCAAGCAGCAACUCUGGCAAGAGUGCCUCGAACUCGCACGUGGAGGGACCGCCACCCACCUACAGCGAGGUGAUGGGUCAGACGUAUCCGGGCUCCGCCUCCUUUAUGCACCAGCACAGCAAUAACGCACCACCCUCCAAUCAGAGGACAGCCGGCCGCUCCACCCAACCUGGCGCAAGCACAACCCCGUUCGUCAAGGUCAAGGAAGGCCGGCGUGACAAGCCCGUGUGACUAGAAGACUCGGAGCACCCGAUCCGUCGCCCGUGCUCUCUGGUACCGCCUCCUGGAUCUCGAAGAGGUAGUGGCGUUACUCGUGGCACACUCCCCUUGCACAAUUUAAAUAGAAAAUUAAGGAACCAAGCUUACAAAGUUUAUUAUUUUUUUUACAUUUUCAUUUUUGCUAGAACUUUGGGGCCUUGUAUGGAUGUUCGUGCCCUCUAUCUUCAGUUUUGUACGCUUUCCUGUAUUUAAAGAAAAGCGCGUGUCGGCACAGAUCGUUUGCGUCAGAGACCACAUCGGUCAUAGGAUUGAGAAAUUUACCAUUUGUUUGUGCAUUUCCAGGACCUGUGCACAAAAAACACGAACAACCGAAACCCAAAUCGAGUGCCAUGAUGAAAACGUUUUUACGUUGCACUUAUUCUUUAACCAGUAUAUAUAUGGCUACCCUUAGUUACUUUUUAUAUGCACAGGUAUGCUGUCUUUGAUGGUACCUGGAAAUAGUUUUUCGGAGACUCUGAUCCAGCCUAAAACCUCUACGAAGAAACUGCAUCGUGGCACUGACCUAAAAAAAAGGGGGUUUAAAAAAACUGUUUGAAUUCCAGAUCAUUUUCCACUGACCAAGCGAGAGAUAUUGGCACGGAUAUCUGCGGAUGGAAGUAACGACACAUACGCCGCUUUCAUCCUGUCGAGUAGCACUUUAAACUUACGUCACUUCAGCAUUGUCAUGGGGUCCAAGUGCAAGGGAAUCAUGGGAACUCUAGUCUUAUGCACAUCCUCUUUUGAAUGAGCGUGUCAUAUCUCAUGCUACAUGUUUACCAUUUUCAUCUAAAAAGCAUGCAUAUAGUUUUCCAGUUAUCCAUGAUAUACUUUAGUUGACAAUCAUAUACAGAUGUCAUAUUUUAUCUCUUAUUGUCCUCUGCCAUUUUAUUCCAUGGCACGGGAACACUGUUUUUUUUUUUUGUUAGUUUAUCUGUCACCAGUAUUUAUUCUUUGCUCAUUACCGGAUUUCCACCCUGGUGUACCAGGUACAUCCACAUUUGCGCCGAUUUUGGUUUCGAUCAUCACACAUUUCAGGCACGCCGAUUUUCAUUCAUUCGAAAUUUCCUUAAGAAGGUCCCAUAGAAAACCUAUCAGGGCUGAGGCUAUUUAUUUAUCAACUAGCUAUUUAUUAAAGUUAUCACAUUACUUCAUGCGGGUGGAAAAAUACCACCCUCUUCGUUAAAUGUUUCCUAUGAUCAAACGUUAUUGAAAAUGUCAUCCUGCUUUGGCUUUGAAAUGAGCUCUUGUCAUUGGCUCUGCUUCCCAUCACUCAUUCUGAGCACACAGUUUGAGUUUGUACUGUACUGCUGCUGCUGUUGCUGCUGCUGCUACGCGCUGCUAUUUCUGCUGCUGCUGUUUGUUUUUUCUGUAUGUUCGCUUCUCCUUUAUAUUUGCUUAUCAACCGUGACAUAAUAAUUGUUUUUUUAUUUUAGUUUGUUAACAAUCGUAACUUUCUGCUGUCAUAUUCACACUAGGAAUCCAAAUGUAUUAUUAUUUCCGUUGGCAGCAUGUUUUUUAUUUACACGAGCAAAUUCGGUGCCUGACGGUGAUGUUUAAGCAGACAUAGAAACCCACUUGCACUCAAAAGUCCCCACCUUUGUUGUGCCUCACUUCCUAUGGUGCUUCUUUCAGUAGUCGAACUCUGUUUAUUUGUACGGUGCUGUAUAUAACUUGAAUAUAUUAUGCACAUAUCCUACCCAAUGGGUAGACAACAACAAGAAAGCAUUGUUAAUACUGUAAUAUAAUGUAUAGAUAAUAUUAAAAAGAGAAAUUUAACAAGG